AUGUCACCGGGUGAUGACGUGGAGCUUCCACGGCACGACUUCACAUACAUUGCUGCCAAUGCAGAUCGGCCGUGGGAGCACUUCACAGGCAGAUGGCAGGCCAUGAAGCCGAUUCUUGCCGAAGGCCUUGCAAGGUGCAGCAAGACCAGGCCGCUUCGAGUGGUCGACCUGGGCUCCUGCAGCGGCUACUUCGCACUGAAAGCUGCCCACAGGCAUCCAGAGGCUGACGUGGUUGCCAUCGAAGGCUCAGUUGGCAUUGGCAAUGGCACUGUUGGCGUGCAGGGGACAGUCCAGCAAAUCCUCAAGACAGAGGCUGUGCAAACGCACCUUCGCUGGAUCCAACGCUUAAAGCUGACGAACGGCUUCCUUGCACCCGAGGUUUGGGACUAUGUGCAUGUUUGCAACCUUGCGAAGACUGGAAGGCCUAUCUGCGACUUCAUGUUCAUGCUUUCGGUCGUGCACCACAUCGACAACAUCUCGGUGCAGCAGUAUGCAAGUGCUGGUCUCACCAGGAGCCAAGGUGGCGUUGACUUGCUGGCCAAGCUUUUGCUUUUGGCACCGAGGCACUUUGUAGAACUUCCGAAUGAGCCGUGGCUGAAAGAACUUUUCGAGAAAUACGGGACUGCAAGAGGCAUCCUGCAGGCUGCCGCUGAGGCAAGUGGCCUGAAAUGGUCCUUUCGAGGCCCAAUCUUCACAGCUGAAUGGUUUGGACCACGGGACACUUGGGUGCUCGAAGUGGAGGAUGGAAUGCCUGAACUGGAUAUUCAGUCGUGUCCUUUUCCGCUUCUCUAUCGGGGAAAUGAAAUGGAUACUGCUCUGGAUGCUUCUGAGCCCGAGCACGCUUCUCCGUUUCAACAUGUCGAUGGCUGGACUUUGCCCGGUGAAGAUAAUCUGCCGUUGUCCAUGAAGCUCGCCGGCGACGACGCCUUGGACAGCUUUCCUCCCGCGCUGCAGGGCGGUCGAGAAGCCCUGACCACAGCUGCUGCUUGCGAAAACCUUUCGGGCAUGCUGCUGGAUCCUGCGCUUUAUGCCGCUGCCGCCGAGCCAUCAGUGGAGACUUCAGACAUCGCUGUCGCAGCAGCCCUGAAGGCAGCUCCGACAGCAUUGCUGUUGGCCCACCUCACCUUGCGUGAAGCAGUUGCUGAGGCUGAGGAUGCUCUUGCGGAAGUGCGGCGGGCUGCACCACCUGAGGCUGUUGUCCAGGCUGGUUGGGAUUUCUGGAAUCGCUCGCACAAGAAGCGUGUGCCCUGCGGACCGAAGCCAACAGCUUCAAGGCCAGUCCGUGCUCGAGCCCGCAAGACCGGCGAGGUGGGACUGCGAACGCGGACACUGUGA